GUUCUCUGGCUAGUCCUUUAUUGGCUUCAACAACGAAACUAGCAUUACCCACUCACCAAGCCAUGACAAAUGACACAAGUAGGUUGCCAUAGGUCCAAAUCUAGCCGGAUCUACGCCGAUUACAAUCCAGUUUGCUCUCUAGUUUUGCUGGGUAAAAGGAACGAGGAAGAUCAGAUCCAGCUACUUGUCAUCAGCAACAAGCUUGUAUACUCCCGAUCAUGCCAAUGACUCCAUGACAGUUCAGAAUCUCUACGAUCAAGCUACAAUGACAACAACACCAGCUGCGCCAUGAUGUCUCUUCUUUUUCUUUUUUCGAGAAGAUUCUUCUGCUGGUUUCAGAUCCAAAAGUGCACAAGGAGGUUACCAAGAUCAAUCAGAUCUAAGCUAUAACAAGUGGUCAUUCUGAUAAUACUGAGGAGAGCAUACAACUAGGCCACCACCCAACACUGAGACAUUAGCAAUUCUCAAAGUAAUGGCGGAGAUUGUGAUUCUUCUAGCCAUUAGAAAGAUCGGAAUUGCCUUGGCAAAGGGAGCGGCAGACCAGGCCAGCGUGCAGUUUUCAAAGUAUGGCACACAAGUACUAGAACUACAGGGCAGCAUGGGUCGUGUUGCUAGUGAGUUUCGUGUAAUUCAUGAUGUUCUCUGUCAAAUGGACAUUCGAAACCGCAACAAUCAAGUAUAUGAGGGCUGGUUGGAAGAGGUACAGAAAGUAGCACAUGUGAUGGAGGACAUGGUGGAUGAGUACUUGUAUCUAGUUGGUCAAGAACAUGAUAUAGGUUGUUGCUUUUUCCUGAAGAAAGGGGUUAAAAAGCCAAGAUCUCUGUUUUCCUUCAACCGGCUAGCUUUCAAGGUGAAGGAAACAGAGAAACACCUCACCCACCUGUCAGAGAUAAAAAACCGAUGGGUUACCCUGAUAAAGAAUGGGGAUACUAACAGCUCAAAUUACAUUGUCAAGAGAUCCCAAGAUCUAGCAAAUAUUUCACGCUCUCUUGAUGAAGAAGAUCUAGUGGGGGUGGAUGAAAACAGAGAAAAACUUGAGCAGUGGUUGGAAGGUGGUGAUUUGGAACGGUCUGUGAUAGCUUUGCUUGGAAUGGGAGGUCUUGGUAAAACUGCUUUAGCUGCAAAUGUUUACAAGAAGAAGAGGGAGGAAUUCCAAUGUCACGCUUGGGUCUCCAUAUCUCAAACUUAUUCUAGAGAACAUGUCUUGAGGAAUAUAAUCGAGGAAGUUUGUAAAGAUAAUGUUAGUGUUCUGUCUAGCACUGUGGCUAUGGACAUUGUGCGCCUUGAAGAUACACUGAAGGAAUUUCUGGAGCAGCGGAAGUAUUUGAUCAUCUUAGAUGAUGUUUGGACUCCAGAAGCAUUUGAUGAUUUGUCUAGGGUGCUUACUCAUAAUUAUAAGGGCAGUAGAUUGAUCAUCACAACAAGGGAAGGUGAUGUUGCUGCGCAUGCCUCUCCUCGACAGACCAUAAAAAUGGAAGUUUUACCGGAAGACAAGGCAUGGGAACUAUUUUGUAAGAAAGCCUUUCCAAGAGAAACAAAUCAUGAAUGUCCUACAGAAUUGAAGCCAUUGUCCAAGGAAAUUGUUAGCAAGUGCAAAGGCUUGCCUCUUGCUAUUGUGUCAGUUGGUAGCCUCUUGUCUGUGUGUGAGAGAACGGUGGAAGAAUUGAGAAGAGUAAAUAACCAACUGAGUUGGGAGAUAAAUAAUAAUCCGAGGCUUGAUCACAUAAGGAAUGUUUUGCAUCUGAGCUUCAUGUACCUUCCAACACAGUUGAAAAGUUGUUUAUUGUAUUGCAGCCUAUUUUCAGAAGAUUAUAUUUUCCGAAGGAAACAAAUUAUGCGGUUAUGGACAGCAGAGGGGUUCGUCAAGGAGAGGGGUAGAAACACAUUAGAAGAAGUUGCAGAAGGCUAUCUAAAGGAGCUGGUUGACAGAAAUAUGCUACAACUUGUUGAGAGGAACUCAUUUGGUAGGAUGAAGACAUUCAGAAUGCACGAUAUCUUACGUGAGUUGGCAUUGGACUUGUGCCAGAAGAACUAUUUUGGUGUUACUUAUGAUGGUGAAUGUGAGGAGUCUCUUCAGGAUGUACGGCGAUUGAUACUCCAGAAACUAAAGAAGGAUAACCAUCAGCCAAUUUCUGGUAUACACCAACUGCGUACAGUCAUUACACUGGGCAAUAGUAUGCCAUCAACCACUAUACCUUUGCUAUGUAAGGAGUCAAGAUAUUUGACAGUGCUAGAAUUAAGUGGUCUACCUGUCGAGAAGAUUCCAGAUGCUAUUGGAGAUCUUUUUAAUCUCCGCCAUUUGGGUUUACGUGGUUCGAAUGUGAAGAUGCUCCCAAAGUCUUUAGAGAAGCUUUCUAAUUUGUUGACACUGGACCUUUGUAGAUCUGAUACACAUGAGCUGCCUAGUGGGAUUGUGAAACUGAAGAAGCUCAGGCACUUAUUUGUUGAGAGAGUAAUAGAUCCGACCUGGAGAGAGCUUACAUGUCGCGGUGGUGUAUGUAUCCCCAAUGGUCUUGGAAAUCUAAAGAAUCUGCAGACAUUGCAAGCAUUGGAAGCACAAGAUGAGUCUCUUAUGCAUUUAGGGGACCUGAGGCAAAUGAGAAGCUUGAGGUUAUGGAAUGUGAAGGGAAUCUACUGCGAACGCAUCAGUGAGUCUCUAGUUCAGAUGCAGUAUUUGUCCUGCCUAUGUGUGGGUGCAAGGGAUGAGAAUGAGGUUCUCAUGUUGAAUGUCCACCUGCCGAACGUGCAAAAGCUAAGUUUGAGAGGGCGACUAGCGGAAGGGGCGUUGGAUGAGUCUCCUCUCUUCCAAGCCGUUGGGGGGCAGAACUUGUAUCAAUUGUCUCUAUACUGGUCACAUCUGAGAGAAGACCCCCUGCCAUCCCUUUCUCGGUUGUCAAACUUGACGCUUCUACGUCUCACGAGAGCAUACAAUGGAGAGCAGCUGGCAUUUCUCACGGGGUGGUUCCCCAAGCUAAAGGUUCUCUCUCUAAGAGACCUGCCUAAUCUGAGUCGUCUAGAGAUACAACAAGGUGCCAUGGUGAGCCUGGAAAGAUUAAUCUUAACCAACCUCAGCAGCAUGACGGAGGUCUCAUCUGGCAUUGAGUUCCUCCUGCCCCUCCAAUAUCUAGGCUUCCUGGAAAUCACCAAUGACUUCUUGACGGUGCUGUACCAAUGUUUUGUACUUGAAGUGCAGAAGUGGCAUUAUUCUCUCCGAGACUGACCGCCAUGCACACUGGCCAGGAAAUGUGUAGGUCGCCGGCCGGAAGGGGGAUGCUUCAUUGUUUGGGCCGCAUGUAUUCAAUUCAGUGAGUGAAGGGGGUCAAUGCAUCCGAAGGUGCAUUAUAUUCGUGUUGCUGCUGUGCUUUUAUGAGGCGUGCUACUGCUACUGCUGCGGCCGUGUGCUUCUAUUUAAUAAAAACAAUGCUUACUGUACGACUUUGAGCGAGCUGUAUUUCCAUAUUCAGACUUGUUUUUGUGUUGUUUGUUUCUCGAAUUAAGGAGCUCUGUGCUCCCUAUGCUUAUUUCA